GCCCAGCCCAGCUCCGCUCCCGGCCAUGGCCCGGCACCGCGUACGGCGGAGCCGGCCCGGCCCCGCGGAGCGACUCCCGGAUGCCCCCCCUCCAGUGGUGCAACGGACCUUCUCAUCUCAGCCGAGCCGAUGGCUGCUCCCCAACCAGGAAAGGGCACUUCCCCGGAACCAUGCUCGCUUUUCGGCACCGCAGCCUGGAGCUCCUGAAUUCUUGAAAGCCUAUUUAACAGGAAUGAGCCUUGCUAAGCUGGUGAGUCUAAAAUUAGCCUUGCCAGCUGUGUUGCGGCUGGCAGGGACAUGUUAGACCGGCUCGUCUCUGCUUCCUUCGGUACGGGGUUGCAAGUUACAGCAUCUCUCGUUCCACCUCCGUUUUUCCCUCCUGCGGCUGGUUUGACUGCCCCUUUCUCAUCACCCAUGUGGCUUUUACAGAAAGCUGUUGUCACCUGUGGGGAAUUUGGGCAUCUAACAUGGAGCAGUCCUCAGUCAGCAGCUUGCGGGGUCAGGGAAUACAAUUUCUGCUCCACGGGAUGGGGCGCAGCUGGGCAGAGUGCGGGGACCGUAGGGACAACCCUGUGCAGAGGAGCGAUGUCUGGGUGUGAUGUUCAGGAGUUUGUACGCUGGGUUUUGAGCCCCUUAAGACGAGCGCAGAGGGAUGCGCUGGGGAGGUUAGUGUGGGAUUGGCAGGGUUUGUCUCCCUCGGGGUUCUCCUUCCCAGCCCACCCCGUGCUUCUCCUGGAAAACCUCUGGGACGCACAUCCCAGCCUUUCCCUGCUCUCUGCAGAGCUGAUUCUCCUCCCGCUGUCCCCAGACAAGGGAUUUUCCAUCUCAUCACGGGUGGCCACACAGCUGCCCACGGAGCAGGUCCAGGUCAUCCCUCGCCGGCCGGCAGGGAGCUGCGGCUCGAGCAGAGCAAGCGCUCGCUGUGGGCAGCGGCAGCCCUGCGGACCCCUCUCCCCUCGCCUCUCACGAGGCUGUAACUCGGGUUUGGGCUGUUUCUGUCGCCACGGCUCUCGUGGCAUGGAGGGGAACGGCUGGUGCCUUUCAGCAGAUUUUUGGAAUAGCUCUCAGUUUGAAAUACAUGUAGCAAGCGUUAUUGUUUCACUUGUGACCCAUUAUUGUUACCACAACCCGCUGCUUUCUGUUUGGCCAGCUUCGAAUGAGGUUUCCUCCGUCCAUCAACAGCUGCUCUGCAGCCUGUGUCUCACCACCAGUGAGCACGUGUGCGCCACCAUUACCUCAUUUAGUUGCUCAGUGUUUUCUUUCAGAGCUGAUAUACUUUUUUUUUUCUUUUUUUUUUAGCAUUUCUCAAUCAUUUCCAGCAGGGAAAUGGAAAAAAACCCCACCUUUCCUAUUGUCUUUUCCUGCACCUGGUGGUCUCAAGAGCAGAAGGCUGGGAGAGGAGGACCCGACAAACAAAUCCUCCCUUUCUCGUUCUGUAGAUGAGGUGGCUGAUGAAUUGUCUCUGGCAAUUGCAAGAGGCAAAGAUUGGCAAGAGGCUCUGCCCUCUGCAGCAGGAAAACCCCAUUUCUUAUGGUCCAGGCUCUCGUCUGGUGCCUGCUUGGGCUGCGCAGCGACAAACUGUGGUCCCCAGAGCCGAAUGCCCCCCUGGCCACGGCGGCUUUGGCCAUUGCAUCAACGGGGCACGUGCAUUCAAAGCGCACCGCAAAAGCAGAUACCGGGGAACAGCUGGAAAUCGAGCGUCCCAGGGCAGGAUUUCACCCCUGGGGUGCCACCUGCCCGUCCUGCUCGGGCUCCCCUUGCUAUUCAGACAUCCCAGGCCUCUCUCGAGCGGCUCUAACGGAGCCCACGCCGCUGCCUUCUCUCCCCAUCGCAGCGGGGAGGAAACCAGAGAGACCGAACUUGGGACCUCGCCGCUUGUGCAGAGGUUUCUGCCGCCCGCUCUCUUCCUGUCUCUGCCUUCCGUGGCGGAGAGCAAAUUUCAUCCUCUCAUGAGAAACAGGCGGAGGAUUUUAGUGGGCUGUAAUUAAACCCAGAAGUGUUUCUGCAGGAGCUUUUUGAUGAGAUGGCGCAGCGCAGGAGCGGAGGGUGCUGAGCGGAAGGGGCGGGGGGAGAUGCUCCGCGGAGCACAGAUGGGGCUCGGGGGCUGCUCUCCUUUAAAGUCCCAUCUGAGCGAGAUCUGAUGAGAAAUCAAAGCUCCAGCUCUUGUGGGGUCAGCGUGAUCUCGAGACAUAAAAAGCGGUGCUUAUUUAGUGCCGGAGCCUGACUUCGCACCAGCUCCCAGCAGAGGCAGCUGCAGUGGGUUUAAUAUUUCUGUGCCUUUCCCCUCCGUUAGCUGGGGACCCUCCUGGGGUGGCCGCGCUGUCACCGGCUCUGCGUGACGCCCUCCUCUGCGUUUCCCCCACGGUGCCAGACUUGCAGCGAGACGUGGUGGCCCAGGCAGCGGCAUGCGGCUGGUGCGUGCCGGCGCCCACGUUUUCGUUCAGAAAGGGGAUUCGGUCAGCGUGGUGCUGAACGUGCUCCCGCACAGCCCCGGCACUUCUCCCAGCACCGAGAAUGAACCAGCCACUUGCCGUUUCUGGCUCCUGCGGAGCAAUGACAGACGCCAACUGUUCUUGUUUUUCAAGCUAUAUUUUUGCUCUGUCCUUCCCUAAAUCCCCUUCCAGCCUCCAUGUAUUUCUCUGGAGAUGAAAGCACAGGGCCUCCUUGUCUCCCAGACGCCUGGAUUCUGCCUGGGGUACGUUUGUGCUGCUGGAGAAGGGUUUCGUGACUGCCGAACGCAGCGGUGUCUGCUGCCUGCGCUGCACCGAGCUGCUCUAAGGGGCUGCUGCUCUUCCUGGGGAGAUCUCCAGUUCACAGGCCACGAGACGAUGCCUUGGUGUUGGUUUCUGCCCACUUUGCAAACUCCGGAGGGGACAGAGUCAGCCCAGGCUCUCUCCUCCCUCACAGCACAUCUUCUUCACCUCUUUUUCCCCUUCUUCCAUCCUAAACACUGACUUUUCUCUUCCCCCUGCAAAGGGUGCUCCUGCAGUCUGGGGCUGAUUUAUACCAGUAAACCCUGCACGAUGC